AAGUCAGAACAAUUUCCGAGCGACAAGUUUCAGUUUCUGUCGAUCUAAAGAAGCGUCGAAAAAUACCUCUUCCCGUCUUCAUGGCAACUCUAAAAUUUCAAGACGAAUCGCCUUUUGUCGGCAUUCGCACGCGCCAUCACCAUUCAACAGACUUCAGAUAUACUCACUGAAAUACAUCGUGGAAGCUGAUAAGACCAAAUGGGAUUCAUUCCGCGCCAAAUGGGGAUUGGGGGACGUUCAAUUCAUCGAGCCGCAGGAUUCGAAAGCAGUAUUUGAAAGCUCCGAAGUCGAUGCAACACUCAUUGCCACGCCAACAUUCACUCAUGAAAAUUUGGUUCUGCAAAGUCUCUUGGGCAAUAAAGCGGUUUUCUGUGAGAAACCAAUAUCGGAAGACCGAGAAGGCACUCGACGAUGCUAUGAAACAGCCCAAAAAGCCGGACAACCACUCUUUUGCGCUUUUAAUCGACGUUUCGAUCCUUCGUUCAGGGAAGUGUAUGAGCGAACAAGGACAGGAGAUGUCGGACAGGUCUUGCUUAUUAAAACCACAAGUCGUGAUUCUCCAUUGCCAACUUUGGAAUACUUGAAGACGUCUGGCGGAAUCUUUCAUGAUUGCGCCGUGCAUGACAUUGAUCUGGUGACUUGGAUCUUGGGAGAGUAUCCCAUCGAGGUUCAUUCCAUUGCUAACGCCACGAUACCCGAAAUAAGGAACAUUAAUGACUUUGACAAUGUCGUUAUAACAAUGAAGUUUGAGAGCGGAACCAUGGCUGUCAUUGACCUUUGUCGCUUUGCUUCGUACGGCUAUGAUCAACGUCUCGAGGUGUUCGGUCCAAAGGGCAUGUUGAGUGUUCAAAAUGAUCAUCCAACACAGAGCUAUUUCUCUGGAAACUCCGGGGUGUCACGAUCUCCCAUUUAUCACUCGUUUCCAUCUCGGUUUU